GUAUGGAGGAGGCGGACCUUGAGGGAGAGGAGGAAUUUGACUGCGGGAGGAAGGAGGAGAGCAUUCUGGCCAGGGGCAGCCAGCAGCAGCGGGGGAGGUCGGAACGAGCUGGCCCUGGAGGGGGCUGGGGCAUCAGGAGGGGCUGGCUCGUGAAGAUGAGAUGGGCCAGGCCAGAGAGGGCCAGGCGUGGCUGCCAGGAGUGCGGCCAGUCCUCAGGGAGCGGCUGCAGCAGCCGCAGCCAUAGGAGGGCAAGUCUCUUUCCCACGGGCGGCCCACCUGGUGUCUCCGUUCCUGCAAGCCUUGAAGAGAUCUUUUGAGGUCGAGGAGGUCGAGACACCCAACUCCACCCCACCCCGGAGGGUCCAGACACCGUUGCUCCGAGCCACUGUCGCCAGCUCCACCCAGAAAUUCCAGGACCUGGGCGUGAAGAACUCAGAACCCCUUGCCCGCCAUGUAGACUCCUUAAGCCAGCGCUCCCCCAAGGCUUCCCUGCGGAGGGUGGAGCUCUCGGGGCCCAAGGUGGCCGAGCCUGUGUCACGACGCACCGAGCUGUCCAUCGACAUCUCGUCCAAGCAGGUGGAGAACGCCGGGGCCGCCGGGCCAUCCCGGUUUGGGCUCAAGAGGGCCGAAGUGCUGGGCCACAAGACACCAGAGCCAGCGCCUCGGAGGACGGAGAUCACCAUCGUCAAGCCCCAGGAGUCAGCCCACCGGAGGAUGGAGCCCCCCGUCUCCAAGAUUCCCGAGGUGCCCACCGCCCCUGCCGCUGACACAGCCCCCAAGAGGGUGGAGAUCCAGGUGCCCAAGCCAGCCGAGGCACCUGCUGCCCCCAGCCCAGCCCAGCCCCUGGAGAAUUCAGAGCCCACCCCCCUGUCUCAGCUGCAGAGCAGGCUGGAGACCAAGCCCCAGCCUGCCUCGGCCGAGGCCCCGCCCCGGAGCCAGGAGGCCACUGAGGCGGCUCCUAGCUGUGUGGGCGACAUGGCCGACACUCCCAGAGACGCUGGGCUCAAGCCAGCACCCGCGCCGCGCAACGAGAAGGCCCCGGUGGACUUCGGCUAUGUGGGGAUCGACUCCAUCCUGGAGCAGAUGCGCCGAAAGGCCAUGAAGCAGGGCUUUGAGUUCAACAUCAUGGUGGUUGGGCAGAGUGGCUUGGGAAAGUCCACUUUGAUCAACACCCUCUUCAAAUCCAAGAUUAGCCGGAAGUCGGUGCAGCCCACUUCAGAGGAACGCAUCCCCAAGACCAUCGAGAUCAAGUCCAUCACACACGACAUCGAGGAAAAGGGCGUCCGGAUGAAGCUGACGGUGAUCGACACGCCGGGCUUUGGGGACCACAUCAACAAUGAGAACUGCUGGCAGCCCAUCAUGAAGUUCAUCAACGACCAGUAUGAGAAGUAUCUGCAGGAAGAGGUCAACAUCAACCGGAAGAAGCGCAUCCCGGACACGCGCGUCCACUGCUGCCUCUACUUCAUCCCGGCCACUGGCCACUCCCUCAGGCCCCUGGACAUUGAGUUCAUGAAGCGCCUGAGCAAGGUGGUGAACAUCGUCCCAGUCAUUGCCAAGGCCGACACACUGACCCUGGAGGAGAGGGUCUACUUCAAGCAGCGGAUCACCGCAGACCUGCUGUCCAACGGCAUCGAUGUGUACCCCCAGAAGGAGUUUGAUGAGGACUCGGAAGAUCGGCUGGUGAAUGAGAAGUUCCGGGAGAUGAUCCCGUUUGCCGUGGUGGGCAGUGACCACGAGUACCAAGUCAAUGGCAAGAGGAUCCUUGGGAGGAAGACCAAGUGGGGUACCAUUGAAGUUGAAAACACCACACACUGUGAGUUUGCCUACCUGCGGGACCUUCUCAUCAGGACACACAUGCAGAACAUCAAGGACAUCACCAGCACCAUCCACUUUGAGGCUUACCGCGUGAAACGUCUCAACGAGGGCAACAGCGCCAUGUCCAACGGCGUGGAGGAGAAGGAGCCGGAAGCCCAGGAGAUGUAGACACCUCCCUG